AUGGAACAGAAAAUGGAUUUUUUAAAUGUUAAACCAAUCGAAUUAGAGUUACAAGGUUUAUCAAUUGCAACUGUAAAAAAUAACGAACAAUGGGAUUUAGAUGGAUUUAAUCAAUAUAAAUUUGUAGAUGAAUCAGAAUAUGAAGAUCAACCAUCAUUUCAAAAGAAUUUAUCACACGAUCUUACAUUUUUACUUCCAACAUUAGAUCAAUUACAAGAUGGUGCCGAUUCAAGUGGACAUGUUGAUCAAUCACAUUUAAGAGGUAGAAUCUAUGCACAUAAAGAAAAGGUUGCAUUGAAAUCCGAAUAUUUUAGUCUCCUCUUAACCAAUGGAAUGAAAGAGAGUAAACAACAAGAAAUUUCAAUUCCAAAUAUUUCAGUCGACAUUUUCUUUGAAAUUUUAAUGUUUUUAUAUACAUCCGAGUUAUCAGUAAAUCAAGAGAAUUUAACAAGUAUGUUUUUAGUUUGUGAUCAAUUUCUCUUGGAAGAUGGUAAACAAAUUUGUAGAGAUUUCAUUAAAACUUUAGAUAAUUUAAUUUUAGAAAGAUUUUUAUUAGAAGAUAAUGGUUUAUGUUCAGAAUUAACAGACCUUUAUAUAGAACAAGUUUGUUCAAAUUCAUCAUUUUUCUUAAAUAUUGAAAGAGUUUCAAAACUUGGAAAAGAUGUAUUGAUCAAAGUCUUGAAUAGAGAUGAUAUACCAAUGAAAGAGAUUGAUAUUUUUAGAUCUACAAUCGAGUGGGUUUCUUGUAACACUGUAUUAUUAUCAUCAUCAUCAACAUCAACAACUACAACUACAACUACAAAUAAUUCAAAUUCAAUUUUAAUUGAACAACAAGAUAAAAAUUUGGUAUCAAAAGUAUUUCAUUUAAUUAGAUUCCCAUCAAUAGAUUAUGAAGAUAUGGUUAGUGUUGUUGAACCAUAUAGUCAUUUAAUUCCUUCAAAUUUAUUAUUAGAAUCAUAUAGAUUCCUUUCAAAACCAAAGUUAAUACCAAUGAAUGAAAACGAUUUACUCAAUCCUAGAUUAACACCAAGAAAGAAACCAAAUCAAACUACAUUGGUACCUGGUUGUGAUGUUAUAUCAUUCCAAUGUCCUGAUCAUAAGAAAUGUUAUUCAGUAUCAUGGCCAAUUCAUAAUUUUAGCGCAAUAAAGAGUCAAAAACAUGUUAGUAACUGUUUUGAAAUGUAUGGUUUAACUUGGAAAAUGUGGGCUUACCCAGCUGGUGAAGCAAAGCACAGUGAUAGUUUUUCAGUUUAUUUAGAAGCAGUUCGUGUAAAAGAGAAGGAAUCUUACGAAUUUUUAAGAAAUACAACAUUCUUUUUCGGUCUUGUAAAUCAAAAGAAUAAAACACUUUGUCGUCACUAUCCCUCAUCUCCAAAUGUUUUAUUCAAUUAUGAGAAAAGUGUUUGGGGUAAUGGUUUAAUAGAAUUAAAACUUUUGUAUGAUAAAUCUUUAGGUUAUAUGGAUAAUGAUUGUGUAACAAUUCAAUUACAUAUUUUAGAAUGUAUUGCAUUGGAUGGUUAA